AUGACUGACGCAAUGGACUUGCUUCAAUUCAUGAAAACCUUUGCCAAUCUUCGCUUAAACGGAAAGCCGGAAGAGCUAAUGCCAUGCGCAAUAAAGUGUUGGGAUCGUCUGAAUGAGAGGUUUACCAGCUUGGCCCCUCAUCUUAACACAGUCCAUGUUCAUAUGAUUGAAAUAUAUCUGGGCAUUUUGUUGAUUGCAUUCAAGUUGGACUCAAAUCUACUCCAUGGAAAAGAGAGGUACACAAAAUCACCAUGGACAGCUAUCGAAUCACUGCGAUGGUCUGGAUUCUUUGACUUGUAUACGACCUUGAAGGAGAACGGCUCACACUGGGAAGCACAAAGACUUCAAAGCAUGCUUCUUCCGGUUGUCACAUUUGAAGAUGUUAUGAGUACAUUCAUUCGGGCGGAUCAAGUCGACGCUGUGGCAGCGGGUAUUGAUGCGUGCCAGAUCAAUCCAUCUGUGGUCUUACAGAGCUCAUCAUCUCCAACCAGAUCUGCAACUAUCUGCUAG